GCAAACACUCGGCGACACAACAACAACAAGCAGCGCUCCACUAGCAAUCAUCUUUGCUUGUUGCAGCGUCUGUAGCUUUUUUUUCUGUCCUUCCGUCCGCGGCUGAUUGAACAAUGGCGACUGUGAUGGCCAUGAGCUCCUUCGCCUGCGCGGCCGUCCUGCCGCGCGGCUCGGCCAGCCGCUUCGGCGCCAGGUCUCUGCCAGCGCCGGGCCGCCGCGCCCUCGUCGUCAGGGCACAGACCGAGGGCCCGAGCGCACCGCCGCCAAACAAACCCAAGGCAAGCACCUCGAUCUGGGACGCGCUGGCGUUCAGCGGCCCCGCGCCGGAGCGCAUAAACGGGCGACUCGCCAUGGUGGGCUUCGUGACGGCGCUUGCGGUGGAGGCGGGCCGCGGCGACGGGCUCCUUUCCCAGCUCGGCAGCGGCACCGGGCAGGCGUGGUUCGCCUACACCGUGGCGGUGCUGUCCGUGGCGUCGCUGGUGCCGUUGCUCCAGGGCGAGAGCGCCGAGGGCAGGGCCGGCGCCAUCAUGAACGCCAACGCAGAGCUCUGGAACGGCCGCUUCGCCAUGCUCGGCCUCGUCGCUCUGGCGGCCACGGAGAUCAUCACU